GUGUCAUCGGGAUUGGUGUAUUGGCAACAGAUGUACGCUUGUGGAGGACACUGAACAAGGAUAUCUCGUUAUUACGGAGCGCUCUAUAAAUGUUAGUUUUAUUGGAUGCUGACUAAUUCAGUCGACACUGCUUUUAAGAUGACCGUGCUGCGUUGAACGAGAUUUAAUUUGUCGUGACAGAGUGUUAAAGCACAAGGGGCAAUCUGUUUCACGAACCUGCUGCACGGGAUUACUGCAGAUUUUAGUUUGUACUCCACAAACAGAAUCUUAUCACAUUGGCCACUUCCUGAGCAGAUUUUGACAUCUGUUGACCAUGAGGUUUGCAGUGGCGCUCCGUGCUGUUGCUUUGGUUCUUCUUUUGGGCUUUACCUGGCUUCUAGCAAAUUCUAUGCUAGGAGGGGAUGGGAACUCCUUGAUACGGAUGCUGUUUAGUGGUGGACAAGAAGAGCCCACUCCAGCAGAACCUCGACCACGCAAGUACAAAUGUGGCCUGUCUGCCCCGUGUCCCCCCAAACAUCUCGCCUUCCGGCUGACCUCUGGGGCUGCCAACGUCAUCGGCCCCAAAAUCUGUCUGGAAGAUAAAAUUCUUGUCAGCAGUGCUAAAAACAAUGUUGGCAGGGGGCUCAAUAUUGCCUUAGUAAAUGGGGUUAAUGGAGAUGUCUUGGAAAUAAGAGCAUUUGAUAUGUGGGCAGGAGAGGUUUCAGAGCUGCUGAAGUUUCUUCGUCCUCUCCAUGAAGGAACGCUAGUAUUUGUUACUUCUUUUGAUGACCCGGCCACCAAGUUAAAUGAUGAGGCUCGGCGGCUGUUUGAAGAGCUGGGGAGCACAGCAGCGAAAGAACUGAGCUUCAGGGAUAGCUGGGUGUUUGUUGGAGCCAAAGGAAUAGAAAAUAAGAGCCCAUUUGAACAGCGAAUGAAGAACAGUAAAAGCAGUAAUAAAUAUGAAGGCUGGCCCGAGUCUCUGGAAAUGGACGGCUGCAUUCCUCUGCGUGCUCCUUUAGAAACUUAAGGCCUCGUGGGUGCUUUUGAACUGUAUGAACACUUCUAACGUGAGGAUCAAGAAGCACUAUGUACAAGCACAACUCAGCUGCCUAAAGGUUUUACUCAUCGGAUGGUUUGAAGUCAAAUUUUUUUUUUUUUUUUUUUUUUUUUCCUUGUAGAGCCGUCUGUUUCUUUUCAAGUCUGCGAAACAAAUUGAAGAUAGAACUGAAAGUUGUCUCGUCCUGUGGAAGUAGAAUUGUUGUGAAUGACAAAAGGUUUGUUUUUAUGAAGGAAAAAUACAGACGCACAGAAUAUUUUUUAACUAUUUAAUUUGUAUGUUUAGAAAGGUUCUAUAUAUAAAAAAUGUGUAAAGUUGAUGCUGUAAAAAAUCAGUGCCUAGCGGUUGUUUUGAAGGAUGCCAUUAAUAUGCAUUUGCAUUGAAAGAGAUUGUUCUACACGUGUUAAAGAAUGUCCAGAGAGUCUAUUAAAAUUUUUCACCUUUUUCUAA